AUGCCUCUUCUAAGGAGCAUAGCUGCGUUCAUCUCCCUCGCCGUGCUCGCGAGCCGCGGGGCCCAGGCCUUCAUUCUCUCCUUCUACCUGGGCACCGAGUGCCACGGCGCCCCGUGGGGCGGCAACCACCUCUCGUACAACGAGACGGGCUGCGGCCGGUGCUUCGAGUUCCCCGUCAACACCAAGUCGGCCGUCAUCAGCGGCGAGGGCCCGCAGGACGACGGCUACGACGUCAACUUCUGGGCCACGAGCGCCUGCAACGGCAGCGCCCCGCAGCAGCAGCCGCGCCGCGCCAGCAGCUUCCGCACGCUCGAGGUCGCCGCCGACGACGGCCAGGGCCUGGUGCGGUGCACGGAUCUGGCGGGGCCCGAGGACGACGCCGACGUGGUCUCGUACGCCAUCUGCCGCAACGCCGAGCCCGCGCCGGUGCCGCCGCCGUCGACCAUACCACCCGGCGGCACGGAUUUGCCGUGGACGACGAACACAGCCGAGAGCAGCAACGCGACGGCGGGUGCGUGA